AUGAACAAGCCGAAGUACGACAAAUUAAUUAUCGAGAUCGAUAGUGAGUCAGAAACAGAUCCGAGUGAUUACGAAGGAAUAGCCGAGGCAGAUUUCCAUCAAGUCGUGCGAGUGGACCGAACACACCGGGUUCACCGGGUUCCGAUCCGGAAAACCGACAGCCGAUCAACUAGUGAUAUCGGUCUACAGUUUGAGCCCAACGAAGAUGGUCAUUCGGAAACUAACGACGACUCGGAAACGAAUUCCAGUGACAAUUCUUUUUCAGAUGAUCAAGUGAAAGUCAAAACUGUUGAUUCGAAUAAGCGAAACGUCUCAAAGUUAACUAGAAGAAAACUGACAAAAAGAUUACAAGAAGUAAAAAGAGAUCAGAAACGGAUUUCACCAGAAUUUCAAUUAGAGGAAAAUUAUAGAACUCAAUAUGAAACAAAACCUCAGCAUAACAAAGCGGUUUUAUGGGUUCCAUAUAUACCCGAGAACGAAUUUGACAAGCCAACUGUUUUUGACCCCUCGAAUCCGAGUCAGUUCAGCUCAAUGAUGCAAAUGUUUCAAACAGUUAUGACAGACGGUCGGAUUCUGAGUCGUGAACAAAUCGAAUUGUUCAUGACAAGUGAACAAAAUCAGUCGGAAAAACACUCGACCAACUUCCAGAAAAAGGCGUUUCAAAAUCAGCCUCCGGAUCCCAAUAUACCUCGCGAGAAAAGAUCGAGACGCUAUUCAAAUCAGUUUAUUCGGCGAGUUAGUAGAAGCAAUCACUCAAACUCAAACACGCUGAAUCAAGUUAUAGAAAUUGGCGAUUGUUCGUUUUCUCAAAGCUCAAACCAAAGACCCCAAAUUGAUGUUGCAGUAAAUCUAAAUUUGGGAAAUAAGCACUCUUCAAAAGCAAACGCAAUAGGGCAAAUUACGAGCAAAGGCGGCAAUAAUCAGCGUUUCGAGGUAAAUCAUGAAAAUAAGCACGAAUUAAUAGAAACAGAUGGUCACAAUGAGAGUGAAAAUCCUUCGAGCGAGUUAAACUUAGGAAAAAUCGAGAAGAAGCGAAGACGAAAAGUGAUUAAAACAAAUACCGGAUCCGAGAUGAUCCGAGGAGUGAAGGAGUUGCCGAGGAGUCUGGGACCCGACUGGACCGAAGUGCAGAAGAAAGCAGAGUCGCUCAAUCGGAGAAAUAUGUACUCUCGGAUGGUGUCGGUUAAGAACUCGCAACUUCCGACUCUGAACAGGGCGCCUGAGAGGUCGACACAUCUGUCCAAGAGACAAAUUGCACAAGAAUAUGCCAAGGGUGCCUCUGUUUAUGUAUACAAAUAG